AUGCCGAUAAAUGAUUUACCAAUGUAUCCUACACCGCAACAAGCGGCUUAUAGGAUGGAUCAACCUAAAAAGAAUAGUCCAAAGAUAAGGAAUACUUCUUCUUCAUCAGGUCAACAUCAUCAUCAAUCUCAACCACAACAACAACAACAACAAUAUAAUGGAAGUGCCAAUGCUAAUGGGAAUGUGGUUUAUCGACCUGCAGCUCCUAAAGCUAACCCUUCUUAUGGUUAUCAACCACAGCAGGCUCCACCUCCACCUCAACCUCAAUACCAAGUUCAACCUCAAUAUUCUCCACAACCUCCUCCGCCUCAACAACAAUAUUAUCAACCUCAACCUCAAUAUCAAGUACAACAACCUCAGUAUCAAGUUCAACAACCACCUCAACCACAACCACAACCUCCUCCAACUCAAUAUCCCCGUCAACCAAACCCUCAAUACUAUGUUCCUCCUGCUCCUCAACAAGUUGCUCCACCCCCACAACAAUUCACUCAACCUCCACCGCCACCAACCCAUCCCGAACAACAACAAAGAUAUCAUUCUCAAGAAUAUUCACAGCCACCUCCCCAACAACAACAGAAACAACAACAUUCCGGUGCAGCCCCUUCAUCUUCAAGGAAACCACCUCCCGAUACACGUCAACAACAACAAUCGCAAUACGCUAAAAAUAAUAGAUCAAAAGAAUCUCUAGGUGAACCAUCAUCAUCAAAGAUACUGAAAGAUGAAUUACGAGCAUUAUUCGAAAGAACAGACACGAAUCGAAGUGGAAGAAUCUCUGCUCGUGAAUUAACGGCAUUAUUAAGUAAUCUUGAUAAUACUAAAUUCAAUGAUCAUACCGUUGUAUUAUUAAUUAAAUUAUUUAAUCAAAAGGGAAGUGCGUCAAGUUCCCCCACUACCAACUCUAGUACUUCUCAACAUCAUAUUAAUAUCAAUAGUGCUAGUUUGACAUUUGAACAGUUUUGUUCAUUAUGGAAGUAUAUUCAUGAUUAUCGAAAAUUAUUCAAACAAGCUGAUGUCGAUAAUAGUGGAGAUAUCACAUUUGGAGAAUUUCAAGAGAUCUUAUUGAAGAUUGGUUAUAAGUUGAAUAUCGAUUUGAUAUUGAAUAUCUUUACCCGAUUCAGUUAUAAAGAAAUUAAUCAAUUUGAUUAUAAUAAUUCCAGUAAUCUCAUUGGGAAAUUGAAAUUCGAUUCAUUUAUUGAAUUAUUGGCAUAUUUAAGUACUUUAACCGAUAUUUUUAAAAAAUAUGAUAAAGGAAUGGUAGGAGUUGCCAAUAUAAAAUAUUCUGAUUUCUUACAAGAGAUUAUAAAUAUUCCAUAA